UUAGCUCGAGGUAGUCGCAUUCCUCGGCCUAGUGUGAGUCAGGGGUGCAGUCGGGAAGCCAGUCGUGAAAGUAGCAGGGAUACAAGCCCUGUUCGCUCUUUUGCACCCCUUGGUUUUGGAAUUAGUCAAUCAAGCCGAUUAUCUUCAUCAGUUAGUGCCAUGCGUGUCUUAAACACAGGCUCAGAUGUUGAAGAAGCAGUAGCAGAUGCCUUGCUGUUAGGAGACAUUCGGACAAAGAAAAAGCCAGUUCGAAGGAGGUAUGAAUCUUAUGGAAUGUACUCUGAUGAUGAUGCUAACAGUGAUGCUUCCAGUGCCUGCUCAGAAAGAUCCUAUAGCUCACGGAAUGGCACAAUACCCACCUAUAUGCGACAGACAGAAGAUGUCGCUGAGGUCCUUAACCGCUGUGCAAGCUCCAACUGGUCAGAGAGAAAAGAAGGUCUUCUUGGUCUACAAAAUUUAUUAAAAAAUCAGAGGACAUUAAGGUAA